UCGAUGGAUAAAUCAAUCAUCAGAUGUCUGAGUGUAUGUCGGUCGACCGACAUAGCACGUCGACGCCUCCCUCAGUGGCCGUUGGUUGUCGUGCCCUUGAGCCUCUCCAUCUCGGCAGCUAUGGCCUCGCCCAUCGCAUCAGUCGUCACCGCACUCUCGCCCUGCCAUCCAUCCAUCAUAUCGUCUGCCCAUUGUGCUGAUUCAUUCAUUCCCUGACUGGCUGACUGGCUGGCCCACCUCACCUGGUGUGUGAGGUCUCCCGUGCGUUUGCCCGCCUCAAGGACGUUCUGCACCGCCCUCUCUAUCAGCUGCGCCUCAGCAUCCAAGUGAAACGAAUACCUACAGACACGUACAGACAGGCACAGACAACCGGGGGGAGAGAGGUGCGCGCCCAUUUGCUUGUCGUGCCUGCCUGCCUGCCUGCCUUUGUCAUACCUGAGCAUGAGUGCUGCCGACAGGAUCUGUGCGAUGGGGUUGGCCUUGUUCUGCCCAGCAAUGUCAGGUGCAGACCCACCUACACACACAGCCACCAGCCACCAGCCACACACAACACACAGGCCAGACUCGCCACACAAAGUCCUCACAACGGCAUCUUGUCUUGGUGGCUUUGCUUCAUUCGUUCGUUUGCCUACCAGCCGGCUCAUACAUGUGUAUUCUGUCGCCGAGCGACGCCGAUGGCAUGAGUCCGAGUGACCCGGGCAGCACCGAGGCGGCGUCGCUGAGUAUGUCGCCAAACAUGUUCUCAGUGGCCAUGACGCUGAAGGACGACGGGUGCUGAAUCAGCUGCAUCGCCGCGUUGUCCACAUACCUGGUAUGGCAUGGACAGACAGACGGACGCACGCCUCUGUGUGUGAUGGGCGUGUGGAUGUGCGCCGCUGUCACUUACAUGAACUCAAGCUGCACGUCGGGGUACUUGUCCUUCAUGUCGUUAGCCACCCGCCGCCAUAACCGAGAGGUGUCCUGACGCACACACACACACACACACACACACUUCGCGUGUAUGCGAACAACAAAUCGCCCGAGUGCACCCGACCCCACUCUCACUCACCAGGACGUUGGCUUUGUCGACGACUGUGACCUUUUUGUGUCUUCUCAUCCUGGCGGCCUCAAAUGCGAACCUGAGGGGCCUCUCGAUCUGAUCCACCGUGUACUCCAUCACAUCUAUCGCCUUGUCACCUACACGGCCACACACACACACACACACACACACGCGCACACACACACACACGCAUUCGUUCACAGACACACGAAGCAUCAUCAGGUCAUAGUGAAUACCGUCCCUCUCUCUCCGCCUCACCGUCUGUUUGGUGUUUGCCGAAGUAGAUGCCGCCCACGAGCUCCCUCACAAUGAGCAUGUCCACCCCGUCCUUGAUGAUCUCAUGCUUCAAAGGGCACAGGUGAGCCAGGAACGGGUAGAUCACCGACGGACGCAGAUUCACACCCAGACCGAACCGCUUCCUCAGACCCAGUAGCGCCGUCUUCUCGGCGUCCUUCCACUUGGGAUCGUUUUGGGCGGUCACCGGCCCGCCCACCGAACCGAACAGGAUGGCAUCGGCGGCCUCGCACACGUCAAUGGUCUCCUGCGGCAGAUGACAUUGGUGAGCGUCGUAUGCCGCGCCGCCAACGAGCGCCUCCUUGAGAGCGAAUGUGUGGCCGUAUAGCCGUUCGAUAGUGCGGAGGAUGCGGAUGGCCUGGCGCAUGACCUCAGGGCCGAUGCCGUCACCGCUGAGGACGGCGAUGGUGAACUCACCCAUGGCGGAUGAGUGAAUCGGUAGAUCUGUCAAGGGCUGAUGCUCUGCGCUGCGUUGCUGAACGGGGAGGGAAAAGGG